AUGAGUAGGACCUGGACCUUGUUUCCGGGGAACAGGACCUUACACUGGCCCCGGGACGAGCUUGUCAACAUCCUUGGGACUCUAGAUUCCGACUCCUGAGUCAGAACUCCUACUCCCUAUGCAGCCAAGAUACGAUCCGGAUUUCUGUUCCUGGCAGAGUGUGAGUUCCUGGGGAAGAAGGAACGGAGGUGACCCUGUCCCCCAAGCCCUCGGGAAGCGAAGGGUUAACGCAGGUGGCCCCGCAAAAGCCCCUAGUACCGCUAGAGGGACCAUCUCGGCCCCACAGCCGGGCGGCUUCGCGGUCACGUGGGAGUGAGGGCGGGACCCAACGAGAGGCCGACCAAUAGACUGCGCUGUCGGUGGGCCUGAUAGCCAAUAGGAGCAGGGAGAGGGGUCCCGGGACUAGGAAGAAACGGCGGCCGGGAGGGGGCUACUGGGACCAUGGGGCUUCUGACCAUUCUGAAGAAGAUGAAGCAGAAAGAGCGGGAGCUGCGACUGCUCAUGCUAGGCCUGGACAAUGCUGGCAAAACAACCAUCCUCAAGAAGUUCAACGGGGAAGACAUUGACACCAUCUCCCCGACACUGGGCUUCAACAUUAAGACCCUGGAACACCGGGGAUUCAAGCUGAACAUCUGGGAUGUGGGCGGCCAGAAGUCCCUGCGGUCCUACUGGCGCAACUACUUCGAGAGCACGGACGGCCUCAUCUGGGUGGUGGACAGCGCCGACCGCCAGCGGAUGCAGGACUGCCGCCGGGAGCUCCAGAGCCUGUUGGUGGAGGAGCGCCUGGCCGGAGCGACCCUCCUCAUCUUCGCCAACAAGCAGGACCUCCCCGGAGCGCUGUCCUCCAACGCCAUCCGCGAGCCGCAGCCGGGGGAAGGCAGACCUGCCAGUGUUUUCCUUCAACAUAACAGCAGCCAGCCAGUAGCCAGUGCUGCCCGGCCAGGCGCUUUGCAUGGAUUAACUCAUUCAGUCCUCACCCCAGCCUCUCCAACCAGGCACUGUUAUUACCCUUCUGCAGGCCCUGGAGCUGGACUCCAUCCACAGCCACCACUGGUGCAUCCAAGGCUGCAGCGCCGUCACCGGGGAGAACCUCUUGCCUGGCAUCGACUGGCUCCUGGACGACAUUUCCAGCCGCAUCUUCACAGCCGACUGAAGCACUCCGGAUGCCCUCCCCCCCCCGCCCCGCCCCACCAUCCAGCCCCCCUGCCCCCAGCCCUCACCAGGCGCCAUCCACCAAGGGGAUGGCAGUCAGCCAGCCUGACUGCCACCCCUGCCCCACUCCGUAACCUGCUGCUGCUGCUAACUGCCCACUGCUGCUCGGCGGCCGGCCGGCUCCCCUGGCUGGAGGACCACCGCCCUGGCUGUCCCCCUGGCUCCUGACCCGGCGCGCCCGCAGCUGCCACACCACGAGGAGACAGGGCUGGGGCCGGGAGGGGGCCGCCUCUGCUGCUACCAAGGCUGUGGGCCUCACCCUUUGCUCAGCUGUGAGAAUAAACCGCUCCCUGCCCCACUU